AUGGGCUCCAUCGGUUCAGUGAGCACAGAAGUUUGCAGUGACAUAUUCAGGGAGCUGAGAAGCCAGAAUGUCCAGGAGAAUGUCUGCUACUCCCCUCUGCUCAUCAUUUCAACCCUCUCCAUGGUCUACAUAGGUGCAAAAGAUAACACCAAGGCUCAGAUAGAAAAGGCUAUCCACCUUGAUAAAAUCCCAGGAUUUGGAGAGAGCACUGAAUCUCAGUGCGGCACAUCUGUGAGCAUCCACACUUCACUUAAGGACAUCUUCACCCAAAUCACCAAACCAAGCGACAAUUACUCCAUCAGCAUUGCCAGCAGACUUUAUGCUGAAGAGAAAUACCCAAUUGUGCCGGAAUACAUACAAUGUGUGAAGGAACUAUACAAGGGAGGUUUGGAAUCUAUCAGCUUUCAAACAGCUGCAGAAAAAUCCAGAAAGCUCAUAAAUUCCUGGGUUGAAAGUCAGACAAAUGGGUCCAUCAAAAAUAUCCUCCAACCAAGCUCCGUGAGUUCACAAACUGAUAUGAUCCUGGUCAGUGCCAUCUACUUCAAAGGACUGUGGGAGAAAGCAUUUAAGGAAGAAGAUACCCAGACAGCUCCUUUCAGAAUUACUGAGCAAGAAAGCAAAUCUGUGAAGAUGAUGUCUCAGACUGGUACAUUUAAAGUGGCAGAGAUCCCUUCUGAAAAAUGUAGGAUCCUGGAGCUUCCAUAUGCCAGUGGUCGGCUGAGCCUGUGGGUGCUGUUGCCUGAUGACAUCUCUGGCCUGGAGCAGCUUGAGACCGCAAUCACCCCCGAAAAUCUCAAGGAAUGGACCAGUUCUAGUAAGAUGGAGGAGAGGAAAAUUAAAGUCUAUCUUCCCCGCAUGAAGAUUGAGGAGAAAUAUAACCUCACAUCUGUCUUAAAAUCCUUGGGUAUCACCGACCUAUUCAGCCCCUCAGCCAACGUCUCUGGCAUCUCUUCAGCAGAGAGCCUGAAGGUGUCUGGAGCAUUCCAUGAGGCAUUUGUGGAGAUUUAUGAAGCAGGGAGUAAGGUGGUACGCUCAUCAGGAGCUGGGGUAGAUGACACAAGUGUCUCUGAAGAGAUUAGGGCUGACCACCCUUUCCUCUUCUUGAUCAAGCACAACCCAAGUGACAGCAUCUUGUUCUUUGGCAGAUGCUUUUCCCCUUAA